AUGAACUACUCACUGGACUCAUAUAACUUCGGUGCUAAAUACAAAGAAGACUAUCAAGAAUCAACUGGAAAGGAGAUCAGAGCAGCACACAAAGAAUAUAAAGUCUUCUACACUAAACAUCAUCGCAACCACCCCGGAGUGACUACGGAUUGUUAUGCCGAAUUCCUCGGAACUCUCGGUAAGCAAGAGGAGCAACGGGGAGAAGAGUUUGAAUGCUGUUACUGGUUUGUGCUAUAUUGCAAGAGGGAGAGAGGCAGUUGGGAUGUUGUUAGUUGGGCAGAGCUGGAUCGUAGAGACAUUACGGAAUUCGUAGUAGUAAUGAAGACGGUACCGCAGAGAAUAGUUGGAAUGCAUUACAAACAUAGGCAUUGGGAGAAGCGCAGAAAAGAGCUUAGUAAAUGGCAGGAGCUAUAUUAUAUGGAGGCAGUACUGCAGAGAAUAAUUCGAAUGCAUUACGACAUAUGUUGGGGUUGGGAGAUAGAGCAGAGUCGUAGCAAAG